CAUAGAAAACGGCGCCGGUGCUCUUUUCGAAGUCGUUUUUUUAUUUUUUGAAGUAAAAAUGACUACUAUUAAAGUAAAAAACGAACAAGAAAUCAUCAAGAAACUCUCAUCUUAUGUAGAAAAGAUAUCAAAUGACGCUAUCGUAAACAGAGGACGAUUUUAUAUUGGGUUAUCAGGUGGAUCAGUAGUCAAAUAUCUAUGUGAAGGUCUUCCUCAAGUUAAAACAGACUGGUCAAAGUGGACACUAGCAUUUUGUGAUGAAAGAAUAGUACCGGAAGAUAAUGAUGACUCCACCUUCGGUUGUUACGAGCGAAUGUUGAUACCUAAAACUAAAUUGACUAGAAACCAAUUUGUUGUAUUAAAGCAAGGUGUCACUGCUAAGGAAGCAGCAAAAGAUUACACAGAACAAUUGAAAGAAGCAUUUAAAAGUGACAAUUUUAAAUUCGACCUGUUACUAUUGGGCAUGGGACCUGACGGGCAUACCUGCUCCUUGUUCCCUGGUCAUCCACUCCUGGAUGAAGUUGAUCUGAAGGUUGCAGUAAUCACCGAUUCUCCUAAACCACCUCCGGCCAGAAUAACAUUAACCUAUCCAGUUAUUAACAAAGCUAGGAACUGUAUAUUUGCUUGCAGUGGAGCCGGAAAAGCUGAGAUGCUUAAACGUAUAUUAAUAAAUAAAGAAGAUCUGCCGGCUGCGAGAGUACAACCGAAAGAAGGCUCCGUUUAUUGGUUAGUUGAUGAAUCAGCCGCACAACUUCUAUAGAAAUGUUUUCUUAUGUUAUAUGCUGGAAGUAUGACAUUGUGUUAACUGUUGAAUCAUUAUAUACAAAAUGUAUUUCAUAUUUGAAGACAUUCUUUAGAAUUAUCCAAGUUUAUUCCACUACAGAAAUAGAUUUAUAAAUAUCUCUGUUUUGUUCAAAUUGAAUGAACAGAUGACAAUAUUUUUUUAAAUGUCAUUGAUC